CUGAACGUCACAGCACAAACAUCUCAUCGUAGUAUUCGAACGAAAAUUUCUACGACUUCUUGCGUUUUACGAAAUGUUGCCCAAUAAGAUUUGCGCAUACAUACUCGUGGCGGUCUCAGAUGGACUGAGCUACGCUGCACCCGACGGCUCCUUGGCUUAUCACGAGCCGAGACCCUACGACUUUGCGUACGUCGUAAAGGACGAACUCUCUGGCAACGACUUCGGCCACAGCGAGCAAUCGGACGGCGCUGCCGUCAACGGCGAAUACUAUGUGCUGCUGCCAGACGGACGACGUCAGACCGUCACCUACACCGCUGACCACCACACGGGAUACGUCGCUAAUGUCCAGUACGAAGGAGAAGCGCGCUUUGAUGGACCGCGACAACAGCAAUAUCCUCUUCAGUAUUGAUGGAAGUUUCAGUGUUUCUUAUUUACUUAUGUGUACAUAACUAAUUUCGUUUCGAAUUUAUGAGCAUGUGAUUUCAAAACUUCUUUUGCUUUUUGUUUGAUGUUUUAAGAACUUCAGAACAUUAA